AUUCUAUCCUUCAACCGUUGAUUGGUUCUAUCUUGAUUAGCCUCGAUGUGGUCCUGGCCAAAUUCUGUUGUCUAUUAUAUUCUAUUGAUUGCAUUGAUUCGAUCAGUGACUGGCGGCACCAUUUCUUCUAGAAUUCAAAGUGUCGAAAAUGAUUCAACGUACAAACGAGUCUGGACCCUUGUUGUUAGUUUGACUGCUGGUGAAACGAUAACCGAAAAGGUUCCUGGUGCUAUAGUUAAAAUCACUAGAGAUUUUAUGACAGUCGACAUUCCUCUGUUCCACGUUUCAUCCGUAAACCCAAAAAGAGAAAGGUAUAUCCACAACGAUCAUUGCGGCAUAUAUGCAAGCAAGGGGUCGUGUAAGGACAGCGUUGGAUGGAAUAGAACGCUAUGCUGCCAUAUGCCCUUAACCAGUAAGCUGUACCGUGGUACUGGCGAACAUUGUUUGGACGCAAACCCCUUGAUUACCUAUCAGGUAUACGAGUCAUUCAACUAUAGCAUAGACAUUGAAACGAAGGGCAGCGUAUCUAUUCUUACUGAAAAUAAGACGAUUGAGUAUCCUGUCAAGUGGAAUUCUAAUCAGUUAACCUACUCUGUAGAAGAUGUAUUUCAUUCAUCGUAUAUGUUGACCCGUGAUAUACAUAACCAUCUUCCUGAUUUGUAUUUUUUUUUCGAAUCUCAACAUCCUUUGCACGAAGGGCUAAAUAUUGAGCAUAUGAACUGGUUUACGACAAAGUUGAGGAGAGAGGUCAUAGAUAGGCUAUUUAUAACGCCCGACGAGUGGAUCAGACAAGCAAAUUGUCUUCAACCGCAGCAUUUUCUCACAAGGACUCAGUUAGAAAACCCGGAAGAUCAAUAUGCAAACUUUAAAAAUCAAAAAUUAGGAGAUUACUUGAGAAUGUCGGUAAAGAAUGUUCGAGCUCGCAGAAACGGUCAGCAAUUGAGUCUGGUUUCGGAGCUGGACACUGAUAACACAUUCGUAAUAAUUGAGAUGUCAAUCACUCUGCCAAGCUGAAAAGUGAGCUUAGUGUCGCCUGAAAAAUAAUAGGACGUAGAAAUACGGAGCAAGUUAAAACCUUAAAUGUUGAAAGAUCUAAAUAGCAUAUGUUGUAACUGAAAAUCCACAAAAGUAUUUUAUACAAGCUGAAGUGAAGAGUAUAGAAGCUAUAUACAAUAUUGUUACAGUUUUAUUUCAACUAGAGGAGAAGGUGAUAAGGUGAGAUCCUCGCGGUUGCUUGUCACAACGGAUUUGGCGAAUUUCUUUCGCGCUACUGACUUAUGCACCUUUUUCGUAUCCUUGCUGGAGCUACACGAACCGUAUAUCGUCAAAAUACACACUAUAAGAAAUAAUAUUACUAUCUAAGAAAUCCUUACACGUCUUCAAUAGUCUGCCUGAUAAUUGCCACUCCCUUCCUCACUGUUUUUUUGACGUUCAAUACGUUUGUGACAAGAAAAAAAAAUAAGGUGUGGGCAUCAUGGAUUCGAAUGCCAACAAUCGAAUCAACCACGGCAUGUAUGAGUGUCCUGAAGCGCCUUUUACAGUACAACAACUGAUUGACACGAUUCCGAAGAAAUGCUUCGUUCGGAGCUACCUAAAAUCUUUCGGAUAUGUACUUAUGGAUUUGGCGAGUAUAAGCGCGCUUCUUUUGCUUGGGACAUUUGUAUAUUAUCGAUGCGCUCUCCCGACAUAUCUCUCAGUAAUUUUCUGGACCUGCUAUGCGUUUGCUCAAGGGACGUUUAUGACUGGAAUCUGGGUCCUUGCGCACGAAUGCGGCCACGGUGCCUUCUCUCCGAAUUCCUUGGUUAACGAUUUGGUCGGUUUAAUUCUUCAUACUGUCCUGAUAGUUCCGUAUUGGAGUUGGAAAUUUUCUCAUAACUUGCAUCACAACUACACCAACCACCUUACAAAAGAUGAGGUUUUCGUUCCAGUAAAGCGAGAACAAUCAACGUCAUACAUACCUUGGACGACUCGACGAGUUAUCGCAUCUAUCUUCAAGCAUUUAGUACUUGGAUGGCCUGCCUAUUUGUUGUUCAAUGCCACAGGAAACGAAGAACGCGAAGGCUGGGUGAAUCAUUUUUGGCCCUGGUCUUCUUUAUACACAUCGAAGCAGAGAAACUACGUUGUCAUCAACGAUAUAGCUAUUACUGCUUGGAUAUUAUUUCUGUGGUGGUGCGGACAACAAAUCGGUUUUGUACCGGUGCUUUUGCUCUAUUUUCUGCCCUAUUUUGUGACGAACGCGUGGGUGGUACUGGUCACAAAGCUGCAGCAUUCUAGUGCGAACAUUCCUCAUUAUUCGAGCGGCGCUUUUACGUGGAUAAAAGGACAGCUUUGUACGGUCGACCGAUCGUAUGGAUGGCUAAUUGACAGCUGGAUACACCAUAUCAACGAUACACACAUUGCCCAUCAUCUUCACCCGAAAAUUCCGCACUACAAUGCAAAGUUGGCUACUCAGGCGCUCAAGAAAAAAUUGGGGCCUUACUACCAAUUUAACGACAAGAAUUUGUUCGUACAACUUUUCGAGUCGUUUAGAGAUUGUUUAUAUGUUCAAGAAGAUCAGCCCAAUACCGGUGUCUGGUGGUUUCACUAUGAAUGAGCACUGCAUUCGUCGAUUGAGGGAUGACUAUGAUACGUUCAUAGGACUACGUUCAUAGGAUUCUAAGCGGGUUGAAAUGGCUCAAAACUUAACCUCUUACAAAAGGUCUGUUGUGUUUUGGUGCUUCAAUACGUGUGCGCGAGAACGUCACACGUGCAGAUGUAUAUGUACAGAACACGAAUCG